AUGGCGGCGGCGGCUCCUCCGAGCCCGCGGCGGCGGCGGCGGGGACCGUGCGCUACUCUGGUCCGCUGGGCGACUUCGGCGGCGGCGGCCGGGCAGCUGCUGCUCCUGCUGCUCCUCCCUGAGGCGACCACGGCUCUACAGUGUUUUUGUCUUGUUUGUACAAAAGACAACUUUACAUGCACAACAGAUGGACUUUGCUUUACUUCUGUAACACGGAACAGAGACAAAAUCACACGCAAUAGCAUGUGUGUGGCACAAGAUGAUCUGUUUCCCAGAGAUAGGCCAUUUAUUUGUGCCCCCUCAACAAGUGAAGGAGUUAUUACUGUGCCACAUUGCUGUGAUAGAGACUUCUGCAAUAAAAUAGACCUACCGAUUCCAACCCCAGGUCCCCUCCCAAGAAAGCUGCCUUCUAAUUUAGGACCAGUAGAAUUGGCUGCUGUCAUUGCUGGACCUGUUUGUUUUGUUUGCAUUUCACUUAUGUUGAUUUUGUAUAUCUGCCAUAAUCGUGCCGUCAUACACCAUCGUGUUCCAAGUGAAGAAGAUCCUUCUAUGGAUCGUCCUCCAUUUAUAUCUGAGGGAACAACUUUAAAAGAUUUAAUUUAUGACAUGACGACUUCAGGCUCAGGUUCAGGUUUACCUCUACUUGUUCAAAGAACAAUUGCAAGAACAAUUGUACUUCAGGAAAGUAUUGGAAAGGGUCGAUUUGGAGAAGUCUGGCGUGGGAAAUGGAGAGGAGAAGAAGUUGCAGUGAAAAUUUUCUCCUCAAGAGAGGAACGUUCCUGGUUUCGUGAAGCAGAAAUCUACCAAACCGUUAUGUUACGUCAUGAAAAUAUUCUUGGGUUCAUAGCUGCAGACAAUAAAGAUAAUGGUACAUGGACACAGCUGUGGCUGGUGUCAGAUUAUCAUGAGCAUGGCUCUCUUUUCGAUUACCUAAACAGGUAUACCGUUACUGUGGAAGGAAUGAUAAAACUAGCUUUGUCUACUGCCAGUGGACUUGCACAUCUUCACAUGGAGAUUGUUGGCACUCAAGGAAAACCAGCUAUAGCUCAUAGAGACCUGAAAUCAAAGAACAUAUUAGUAAAGAAAAAUGGUACCUGUUGUAUUGCAGAUUUAGGCCUGGCAGUAAGACAUGAUUCAGCUACAGACACAAUAGAUAUUGCACCAAACCACAGGGUGGGAACAAAAAGGUACAUGGCUCCUGAAGUACUUGAUGAUUCCAUAAACAUGAAGCAUUUUGAGUCUUUCAAAAGAGCAGAUAUUUAUGCAAUGGGAUUAGUGUUCUGGGAAAUAGCUCGACGAUGUUCAAUUGGUGGAAUUCAUGAAGAUUACCAACUACCAUAUUAUGACCUGGUCCCUUCUGAUCCUUCAGUUGAAGAAAUGAGGAAAGUUGUUUGUGAACAGAAACUUCGACCCAAUAUUCCAAACCGAUGGCAGAGCUGUGAGGCCUUGCGAGUAAUGGCCAAAAUUAUGCGGGAAUGUUGGUAUGCCAAUGGUGCAGCGAGGCUAACAGCUUUACGCAUAAAGAAAACACUGUCACAACUCAGUCAGCAAGAAGGCAUAAAAAUGUAAUCUUGGAGGUGACACUGAAGGAAACUCUUAAAGGACCUAAUUUGUGUAUUAAGAAGGCUAAUAGUUCUACCUCACUGGGGGAACAGAAGGAUAUUGCUGCCUUUUAUACAAAAUAGGAAGAUCAGUUAUUAGCCCAGGAUUUCUAUAGAUGCAGUAAAACUUUGUACAGCUCCCUACCUUGCACUACAGACACCUCUUUCCCAGGACACUGUUUAGCUUCAGUAAAACAUAAAUUGGUUUUCCAAGGAUUAACGCUGGUCCCUGUUUUGUUGAGAACAUGAAGAUGAUGCUGGUGCACACCAUUGCAUUGAAGGAUAUAUUGAAAGUUUUUAAAGCUAUUUGCUUUGUUCGCGAUGGCACACUGUAUAUUCUGAACCACUCUUGGCUUGUUCUUAUCAGAUUGUGUAGUUUUUUGGCUACUAGAACACUUACUAUUGGACAUAUUUAUCAGGAUUUGCAGACAUUACCUCAUUCACUCUGGAAGAACAUAUACAACAUAUGCAGUUAUAUUUUGUAUUUCUGUUAUUUUGCUUCAGAACAUUACAUGCCUUCAAAAUAGAUUGUACUGUACCAGGAAGUGCCACUUUUCAAUUUUUGUAAUGCACUUCAGUAGGUAUAUGUAUGCAAAGCCUUUGGUGCUUGUAGAAUGACAAAAUAUAUCUUAACUAAAAGGGAAUUUUAUACUACAUUUGGAAUUCUUUUUACCAAAACCUCUUAAUUGUGAAGACUA